AGCUAACUCCCCAGCAGCAUGAUUUGACUGCAAGGCGUAAUGUUAAUGGCUGAGAACAGGCGCCGCGUCAAGGUGUACGUGCUCAACGAGGAACGUCAAUGGGACGACAAGGGCACGGGACAUGUCAGUAGUACGUUGCUGGAGGAAUCUGUCCUCACACUUAUUGUCCAGGCUGAAGACGAUGGAUCACUUCUACUCGAAUCAAAAGUUCAAGCUGACACAGCUUACCACAAACAAUGUGAGACACUGAUUGUGUGGUCUGAAAACGAUACUACGGAACUAGCGCUUAGUUUUCAAGAGCGGGCCGGGUGUGACGAAAUAUGGGCUAAAAUAUGUCAGGUUCAAGGCAAGGAUCCCCAAACCACCACGAUAACUCAAGAAAUGGACAAUGAGGAGAAUGAAGAGGAGGAGAGAUUUGAGGAUAUUCCAGAUGCAGCAAUGCCCAUAGAUCUCCCCCCUUGCGAACUGAGCAGGCUGUUUGAGAUACGAGAAGUGAUUGAGGGCGCAAUGAACAGUCCCAUCAGGAGAGAAAGAUUAGCUGUUGCUUUACAAUCAGAAAACUAUAUCCCGCAAUGCAUAGAGAUAUUCCAUGUUUGUGAAGAUCUUGAAAAUACGGAGGAUUUACACAUGCUCUUCGAUAUCUUCAAGAGUAUUUUCAUGCUUAACAAAAACGCUAUCUUCGAAAUAAUGUUUACAGAGGAUUAUAUAUUUGAGGUGUUAGGAAUAUUAGAAUACGACCCCUCACUAUCAGAGCCAGCCGGUCACCGGCAAUUUAUCAGAGACAGAGCUCAGUUCAAAGAGUGCAUACCUUUCACCAACCCUACCCUCCUUGACAAAAUUCAUCAGACUUACAGAGUUCAAUAUAUUCAGGAUAUAGUUUCUCCUACACCGAGUGUAUUUGAAGACAACAUGCUCUCCACACUCAGCUCUUUUAUUUUCCUCAACAAAGCAGAUAUCGUCUCUAUGCUACAAGAAGAUGAGAUAUUUUUAACGAAGCUGUUCCAACAACUUCAAGACGAGAAUCUAGACAUAGCUCGGCGGAUAGAUUUAGCUUGCCUUCUUCGGGAGUUUUGCAAUUUCUCUAAUACCCUUCAGGUGCAAGGAAAAACCUCAUUUCUGCGAUCUCUAGCAAACAAGAGAUUAUUUCCCACACUUGAGUUUCUUCUAGCUAUUGAUGUCGAGGAGAUAUGGUCUGUUGCUGCCGAUAUUCUCUCGUUUGCUACUGAUACUAACCCUUCUCUUGUGCGAGAUUUCAUGGUUCAGGAAGCGACAAGUCAUGACGAGGAUGCUCUUUUAGUGAACAUUGUAAUAGAAAGGGUUGUAAACCAUCCCGGGUGCAAUGCUGAGGGUACCUUGUUCGGCCUUCUCCGGACGCUUAUUGAUCCUGAGAACAUGCACCGCUCUCUCAACAGACUUGAGAAAAGCGAAUUCCUGCAAUUCUUUUACAAGAACGCCAUGCACCGACUGACGGAGCCGAUUAUUCUGGCUACGCACGGAACAGAGUGUUUAAAAUACGUCAGCAAAACAGAGAACUCGUCCCUUGUAGCUAGCGUUCUGGACGUACUCUCCUUCGCAGUGGAAAAUCACACUUAUCAUGUCAAGAAUUAUAUCUUGUCAAAAGAAAUCUUCCAAAAGGUGUUACUGCUGAUGAAUCCUCGGUACUCCUUCCUUGCCCUUAACGCUUUGAAAUUCUUCCGGAAGAUAGUGGGCCUCAAGGACGAGUUCUACAACAGAUACAUCAUCAAAUUCGACCUAAUGUCUUACGUUAUAGACGCGUUCGUGAAGAACGGACUAAAGCACAACAUGUUAAACUCAGCAGUUUUGGAACUGCUAGAAUUCAUAAAAAGUGAAGAUAUAAAGACUUUGAUAAAGUAUGUGUGUGAAAAGCACAUCACUAAGUUGUUAACUGUAGAGCAGUGCUCUACUUUCAAAGCUCUUAGAACAAAGUUUGAGCAGCAGUUAGAGAGGGAGAGUACUAAGAAGGGGGACACGAUGGCAGGGCCCAAAAAUUUCGAUAAUUCGGCUCGCUUCAGACGCGAUGCAAGGGACCUUGACGAAAAUGAGGAGAACUACUUCAAUGAUGAAGAUGCAAGCGACAUGAACAAACCACUGUACAACUCGCCCCUGGUGGUACAGAACAAAGUCCUGGACACGAAACCACCCCCGAACAAAGUUAUCAACUCGGAGAAGGUGAUGACGACUCCCUUGGAGAAGGUGAUAACACCCAGCUCAGACAAGGUGAUCACCAACAUCAGCUCAACCCUCGACAAAGUUAUUACCACCCCUCUCGACAAAGUUAUGUCCGCUUCCCUCCCUGCACUGGACAAGGUGAUAUCAGCAUCCUCACCUCUUGUCGACUACGCUGACGACAGUGAUGAAGAGGACGAACCCCCUCUCAACAAACGACAGAAAGUCAGCUCCACGGUCACGUGAUAUCACACUACAAGUCACGUGAUCUGCCGUGCCGCGCACACACGUGGGCACGUAUGGUGGUGUCAUGAUGUGAUCCUGUAGGACGUUGUCAUCGGACGAUCAAGUUCUUGUAAAUUAUGCUCGCUGUACUGAACAAACAGAGUGAACACUGCAGUAGGUAAUAUACCAGGAACUUACAACUUUCCUGAUCGGACGAGAAGAGAAGUGAGCCUCGAGUUUGGUAAUCGUUAUAUAAUAUAUUAUACAUGUACUGAAAGUAAUGCAGACACGCUCCCCAACCAGCAGCGAGAUAAUUAUAUAUAAAUUAUUUGAAAUUAAUUUUAGUGAAUAUAGGAGUCUUAAUUUUUAUCUUUCAUAAAAUUUUGACUGACAGGAAUUGAGAAACAUGUCACAUGGUAAGUGGGGAAUCUCGGCGUUUCUGUUAGAUUCUGUAAUGUAUAUUAAAUUGUUUGAUUAACUGAACAGAACCGAAUAACAAAUUUAGAAUAUAUUUUUGAUGUAAGUGUGUGCGACUACGCUUUGCUUAGCAUUUAUUGUGACUGUAUUACUUGAUACCCACGUGUUACAAAACUCCUCAUCGAAUCCCACAUUGAAGUUCUCAAGUUUCAACUAUAUAUUGGUGACAGUUUGAUAUAUUUACUUCCCACGUCCUCUUUUAAAACUUCCACUUUUUUAUUUAAAUCUGAAUGAAUUUAA